CUUCGCGCGCCGAGCUCUCCGGUCGCUCUUGACAAACUUCACACGGUGUGCCCGUAAAAUCGACGAGAUCUUGGCUUCGAUUUCGCAUCCGAAUCCGAACAUUUACCGGCGUUUAGAUCGCGCGCGAUCCCGCGGACGGACGUCCGCCGAACGAGCUUACUCACUCUCCGAUUUCGCCGAGUUCUGGUGUCGUUUUCCCUCCGCGGCCGCGAAACGCCUCUUCUGCCGAGUUCGCGAUCGGCGUCGGUCGGAGUUAUCGCGAGUGUUUUUUUGUGUGAUGUGCACGGAAGAAGCUACCAACCGCCGUAAGAUGAUGCUGACGACGACGACCACCGUCGCCUGGGCCUGUUUCCUCGCCGUGCUGUGCGCGACGACGGUUAAAGCGAAGUCAACGAGCCCGGAGAUAAUUAUCGAGCCACACAACGUAACGGCCGUGCGGGUCGGCAACAGUUUGCAGAUUAUGUGCCGAGUUCCGCAGCCGAUUCUCGUUUGCCGUGUGGAAAUACCCGGAGAGGGAAACGCCAUCCUUCUGUCUCCGGGACAACUAGCGGAAGACGGCAUCGAAUAUUACGGCGCUGGCUUCGACAAAGGUCACUGCGGCGUCAGAAUUGCCAGAGUGAAAGAAACGCACGAUGGUCUCUUCAAGUGUUCCGUGGCGACGACCAAUUCUCGGCAGGAGAUCAACGCGGGUUUGAACAUCAUCGUCGCGAAACCACCCAAAGAAAUCUUUCUUAAAGCGAGCAACCUUAACAGGGGUGGAAGCGCACACAUAAAAGGAGAUCAGAUUAUAGUGAGCUGCUACGCUCCGAAUGGACGACCCGCGCCGAAUAUAUCGAUAUAUCUCGGUAACGAUUUGCUGGAUGAAACACAGCAAUACGAACAUUCCAUACAACCAACGGGCAUAAAGAACGUUACGCACGUUUUGGACUGGAAGGACAACGGAAAGACAAUACGAUGCGUGGGCAAUCACAUCGCUCUCGAUAAGCCCUUGGAAGCUAGCAUGCUGCUGGAUGUACAAUUUCCGCCACAGCCGAGAACAAUCUUCGAGCGGUUUGGAUACGUGAUUGGCAGACAGGGUUCCGUCAACAUCACCGUUUACGCGAAUCCCAAGCCGGAUUUCAAAUGGAAAAUAGGUGACGAGGUGAUCUUCGCCGGUCAGACUGACGAGACCAAUCGAUUGCAGACUUCAACCGCGAUCGACAUGGGAGAUGGAGGAUGGGGCCUGAUUUUGUCCAUCAAUAACGUUCAGAAGUCCGACACGGAGAAGGAAUACAUACUGGAGGCGCGCAACGACUUAGGAUCAGAAAGUUAUAAGCUUAUAUUGUCGACAUCUUCAGAACCAGCGGGCUUUGAUUUGGACGCUGGAUCCAUCAUCGGUAUCGUCGUGGGUGUCAUGGUGCUCGUACUCAUUAUUUUCCUCAUAGUCUUUGCACGUGCGACCGGCCGCUGGUGUUUUGCAGGUCGCUCGUCCACCAGGAAUCUCGGGGAGUCAAGCGACACUGAGAGCGCCGGCAGAUAUUCCCGGUCUGAGGUAGACGGCUCGUCAUCUCGGGGCCGACGAAGACCGAGGAUCAAUCUGUCUCGACUGUUCGGACGGAAUAAGGAUAAGGUAUCGGGCGCGGAUACGGACACGAUGAGGACUGUUGUCACGAUCGACGACGAAAAGCUUCAGACGGCCGAGGCGGUCGCGCAGGAGGGUAAGACGAAUCCUCCGACGAGCGAGGGUGGAAUAGUGUACGCGGAACUGGAUCUCACGCAGCAACAACAGGGUGCCGCACCUCGCCGGCUCAACGAGGACAAGACGGAGUAUGCGGAGAUUUUGUACACGAAACCGGAAGCUGAGGAAGCGGCCGACAAGUAACCGCGAGUCCGUUUCCGUGGAAAAUAAUUAGACGUAGAGGAUCGCGUGUUACCCGCGUUUCGCGUCUUAGGGACGGUUAGCCUUCUUCCGUGAAUGAUGAUGAGGAUUGUUUUUGUACUUGAACGAAGCGAAAACAGAAUGAACAUGCAACGUUUGUACGUGAGUUUUUUUUUUCUAUAGAGAGAGAGAGAGAGAGAGAGAAAGAGACAGAUAUAUUUCGUUUCGAGGCACUAUUUACUAUCUCAUUUCGUUGAAGAUAAAUCUUUCUGUCAUCCGCACUGUGUUUUCGCGCCAAAAUGAGCGUGCAUCUCUCGACGAUCCCCAAGUCCCGGCGAUUGUGUGAGAGAUAAUCAGUUUACGGUAAGUAAAUUUUACGAUAAUAGGGCGAUGCUUCGGUCUGUCCUUCGAUGUACGUGCCGUGCCUACGCGAUCGAUAAUCCUUGAAGCCGAAGGGCGGGAAAAUGUCUUCACCUUCACCGACUUCAGCCCGAGCGGCUGAAAAAUAUACCACACGCUCAAUUACCUCUCAUAAAUCUAUAACACGCCGUUCCGUGAAAAAAAACGAUAUGUGCGAGCGGCACUACAUUAUUUCGCCUGUAAUUUGCAUCUCGUUGAUCAAAAUCUGUUGAGAGGCGAAACCGUUCUUUCCGCGACCCAAUUAUUGCGUCAGCCGAACUUUUCCCACAACCACGGAAAUGUCACACCUCGUGUACGAGUGUUUACGAGAAACGUAAUAAUAAUAUUAUUAUUGGAAGUAAUAUUUCAGUUAUAAUAUAUAAUUAUUACAAAAAUA